AUGAGACCGAUGUCAAUGAAUUCAACGACUGCAGAGCGCCUGUCACACUCGCAACAGGGUCAGGCUGGCUUUGGAGAAAGUUUGGCGCCGAACGGACCAGAAGCAGGCCCAAAAAGUGCAAUUUCAAAUGAUGCAAGUAUCCAUGUUCGAAGCACCGAGAACAGGAAUGUGAGCGGCAACGAACCGCCAUACCCGGUUUACAACGCUUCCACUGUGGAUAAAAUCAGCGAAAGUGGGAAAAACGGGCACACCAACGCCGAUAUGCUGGAAAAUCUGUUCCAACAGCAAAAAAGCCAUGCUCCUUCGCUGACCAGUACCUCCAGUGCUGGGGUGAGCAACUCUCGUGUCUCGCAGCAGUGGGCUCACCAUGCAACUAAGCAGCAGGAUCCCCGCUCCCCGCUUGUGGUGAUGCUCCCGACGUCGGCAAACCCCACAGAGGUUUUGGCUCAACGGUUCGCAGCAUGGAGAUCUGUGAUCCGCUCUAUUCUGGUGUACUUGACUGAAACAGUGUCCAUCCAAGACGAGGCCGUCAGACAGCAAUUGAGACUCUCCCACGCUGUAAAUUUCCCCUUUUUCGCCACAGAAAACCACUUACAGCUGUCCACACCGGAAGAGAAGACAAUCCAAAGAUUUUUCCUGCCUUUUGGGAAUGGGUCCAUCCAAGACCUGCCAAAUAUUCUGUCUCAAUUUCAUUCCCACAUGGCAAACGGGGCCUUGAAGGCGUCCAAAGAGUUAGCCAACGACGUUAUACCUAGACUCGAAGACCUAAGGGGAGACCUGCUCAUAAAAAUCAAAGAGAUUAAGGGUCUCAGCUCAGACUUCAAAAAUGCGUGCAGUAAAGAGCUGCAUCAGACGAGGAACGAUCUCAUGCAGUUUCAGGAGGCUGUUGAAGCUGCCAGGUAUGGGUCUCCAAAGCAUGACCCACAUCUACUAAAGAUUACGCUUGACAAACAAAUUAGGAGGCAGCUGAACGAGGAAAAUAUGCUGCACGAAGCGUUCGAAAACCUUCAAGGAUCUGGAAGAGAGCUCGAAAAGGUUGUUGUGAUGGAAAUUCAAAACGCUCUGACUAUUUAUGCCCGCCUCAUGGGGCAAAAUGCUCAACUUGUCUUUGACGUACUAAUUUCAAAACUUGAUGUGGGCUUCUUUAACAAGGAAGCAGUUUUUGAGUGGGAUAACUUUAUCUCAAAGGACCCCAACUUCAUACAGCCAAAUUUGCCUGUUCGACACAUGAGGGAUAUUGUUUACAGAUAUCAGGACGAUCCAUUAACUUAUGAAGUUAAAUCAGGAUUUUUAGAAAGACGCUCUAAGUUUUUGAAGUCUUAUUCCAAGGGAUUUUACUUGCUGACACCCAGUUAUCUUCAUGAAUUCAAAACACCUGACAGGAAAAAGGAUACAAUUCCCGUCAUGUCGCUUCCGUUGAACGAUUGUACUGUUGCUGAGCAUUCCAAGAAAGGUUCGACCGGCUUUAAAUUUAUUUUACAUGCUAAACAAAACGGCAUCAUUCAUAGGGGUCAUAAUUGUGUCUUCAGAGCCGAGUCAUACGAGUCAAUGAUGGGGUGGUUUGAAGACCUUAAAAAGCUGACAUCAACGUCCAAUCCAAUUGAAAAGGCUAAAUUUGUUACCGCGAGAUUAAGUUUGAACUCCGACAGAAGAGUAUCCAGGAGGGCUUCAUCCAUGAAAGCUAACGGCAAGGGCCUGCCUCGAACUCUUUUGUCCCCUCAGCAACAACAUGGACAGAACAAUCUUCAAACCCCCGCAUUAGACAAUCAAACUAAUACCAAUACUUCUGUUUCCAUUCCUGAGACUGAGUAUGACUUACAUGACGUAAAUAUUGCUCAGCCAAGGGUGUCACAAAGUAGUAGGGGUCGCAUUUACGACGGAGAUAUUUACAUCGACAGCGGACGUGACCGCGGGCUGGGACUCACCGAUGCGAAACAUUAUUAA